AUGUUAGUCAAAAGCCUGCGCGAAAAAGAUCAUCUAGACGACCUCCGAGAAACAUUCAACACACUUCGGUCAUUCAACAUGAAGCUAAAUCCGAGCAAGUGCGCGUUCGGGGUCACGGCGGGAAAGUUCCUGGGUUUUAUGGUGUCCCAGAGAGGGAUAGAAGUCAACUCGGAGAAGGUACGGGCCAUAAUGGAGUUAGAACCCCUGAGGAUGGUCAAGGAAGUCCAGAGUUUAAAUGGAAAGAUUGCGGCCCUAAACAGAUUCGUCUCAAGGGCAACGGACAGGUGCUUACCAUUCUUCCGAACCCUAAGAAAGUCAUUUGAGUGGACGAAUGAGUGCCAAGCGGCCUUCAACGACUUAAAGGCGUAUCUCUUAUCUCCUCCAUUACUCAGUCCUUCCGUGCAAGGUGAAGAACUCUACCUUUACUUAGCAGUCUCGUAUGCCGCAGUAAGCGCAGCUUUAGUAAGGGAGGAGGAAGGGAUACAAAAACUUGUCUAUUUUACCAGCCGUGCACUCCGUGGUGCAGAGGAGAGGUACCCCCAGAUGGAGAAGUGGGCUUUCGCACUAGUAAUAGUUGCGCGGAGACUUAAGCCGUACUUCCAGGCACACACAAUCAUUGUCUUAACAGACAAGCCACUAAGGAAAGCUAUGAACAGCCCGGAAGCAGCAAGAAGAAUGGCCUUAUGGGCAAUAGAGCUAAGCGAGUUCGACAUUCAGUACCGCCCACGGACGGCCAUGAAAGGACAGGCAGUAGCUGACUUCAUCGCCGAAUUUACACUCAGGGAGGACCAAUUGGAAGAAGUAAAGGAACAGUGGAAAAUCUAUACAGACGGGUCCUCAAACAGGCGAGCCGGAGGAGCUGGGGUCGUAAUACAAACUCCGCGGGGAGACACGAUACGAUGCAUGAUCCGCCUGGAUUUUCCAAUAACCAACAACGAGGUAGAGUAUGAGGCCUUGGUAGCAGGACUAGACCUCGCAAAGGCCGCGAGAGCGGAGAACGUAAUUGUCCAUUGCGAUUCGCAAGUAGUAACAAGUCAGAUCAAUGGCGACUACGAGUGCAAAAACGAUAGAAUGAAGAAAUAUUUAGAAGAAGUGAAGUACCGGAUCAAUAGUAUUGAAGUCGAAUUCGUUCAAAUCCCGAGGGAAGAGAACGGGUGGGCUGACCAACUAGCAAAGUCUGCAUCAACCGAGUUCGUAGUGGUCCCCGAACAGGUUGAGGACUUUGAGUGUGACUGGACUACGCCAUUGAUCGCCUACCUAAAGGCCGGGGUGUUACCAGAUGAGAAAGGUGCCGCCAGAAAAUGGAAGGUCCAGGCAUCACGGUUCGUGCUGAUAAAAGACAUCUUAUAUAAAAGAGAAGCUGUCAUCCCUGCAGAAGUGGGGCUCACCAGCUACCGGGUGGAGAGCUACGAUGAAGAUGUAAACAAAGAAGCUAUGCGCCUCCAACUUGAUCUACUGGACGAAGUCAGAACGACGGCCGAGCAAAGGCUAGCGCGCUAUCAGAAUCUCAUGGUGAGACACUACAACAGCAAAGUAAGGCAUAGGGACUUCAGGGUCGGGGACCUAGUGCUGCGGAAGGUAAUGGGCGCCGCCAGAGACUCCUCACAAGGAAAACUCGGCCCCAACUGGGAAGGACCCUACAGAAUCACGUCAUGGCAAAGGAAGGGCACCUACCACCUCGAGACAUUGGAUGGAGGAAAGCUACAGCACCCAUGGAACUCAGAGCAUCUUCGGAAAUACUACCCGUAG